AAUUUCACAUCACCUUGAAGCUAAUAUUGAAUUUGCUCUACCUUCCAAUAAGCGUGUUAUUAAUCUAUUGCUUGUAGUAGGAUAUCAUAUAGAUAACAGAAUUUUACAUCACUUUAAAGCUAAUAUUGAAUUUGCUCUACUUUCUAAUGAACAUAUUAUUAAUCUAUUGCUUGUAGUCAAAUAUAUUAAUAAAGCCAACAUGUUUGAAGAUGAUGAAUCUGGUAUUUUCUCUGUAGUUAAAAAUGUUAAAGAUUAUAUAUUUGAAGGUGAUGAAUUCGGUAUUUUCUUUGUAGUUAAAAAUGUUGAAGAUUGUGUAUUUGAAGGUAAUAAUCUUAAUAAAAGUGAUAUGUCUAAGGGUGGUGAAACCAGUAUUUCUUCUGUAAUUAAAAAUAUUGAAAGUGAAGAUUUUUUUAGAGGCAAUGAUCCUGAAAAUAAUAGUGAAAAUUCAGAAAAUAAGCCUAAAGACAAUCCUUUGAAAAAGAUAUAUACUAGACAAAUGUUUACUUCUUUUGAAGUACUUGAGCAAUAUUUGAAACAGUAUUCUAAUUGA